CUUGCCUUUGGCUUCAUUGUUUCCCGACCAGUUUCCUGCGAAAUUUUCUUUCUCUUCAAACAAGCCCUAGAAAAAGUGAGAAAAUAAUGGCUUGAGUUUUUAAGCUUUAAUUAAUUAAUCUUCAAUUUCUUCAUUCAAUUUUUUUUUUUAAUUUGGGUGAAGUUGGUGACAGAAUCGAGCUCGCAUGAAGUUUGUAAGGAUUUGCUGAGAUGUUGUAUUUAUAGAGGUUGCUUCUCGUGGAAUAAGGGAGGUUUUUUAAUCCAUUCUAUCUAGCAUGUUUCUCAUUAUUGGUCUUUUGGAAUCUGGUUGAUGUUGAUAGUUCAAAUGAAUAGUAAUGGUCCCAUGUCCAGUGAGCUGGCUAAACUAAAUCAUGAUGUACAAGAUGAACACAAGGAAACAAGGGAUGGGGUCAUUGGUGAUGGCCAGGAGCUUUCUGAGGAAGAUGAGUCACGGAUUAAUGACGAAGUAGAAGAUGUGAAUGAUGGGUGUAUGAAAGUAGUGCAGGUCCAGGCCCUUGUCUGGCCUGCUAGGCAGCAGCAACAUCCUCAAGGGCCUUUGGUUCGCUGGGAGAAGUUUCUGCCUCUUAGAUCACUAAAGGUUCUGCUGGUGGAGAAUGAUGAUUCAACUCGCCAUGUUGUCACUGCAUUGCUAAGAAAUUGUGGCUAUGAAGUUACAGCAGUAGCAAACGGUCUUCAGGCUUGGAAAAUUCUAGAAGAUCUAACCAAGCAUAUUGAUCUGGUUUUAACCGAGGUAGUCAUGCCUUGUUUAUCAGGCAUUGGCCUUUUAUGCAAGAUUAUGAACCACAAAACUUGCAAGAAUACUCCUGUGAUUAUGAUGUCUUCUCACGAUUCCAUGAGUAUAGUCUUUAAGUGUUUGUCAAAGGGAGCAGUUGACUUUUUAUUGAAGCCUAUUCGAAAGAAUGAGCUUAAAAACCUUUGGCAGCAUGUUUGGAGAAAAUGCCACAGCUCUAGUGGCAGUGGGAGUGAAAGUGGCGUAUGGACUCAAAAACCCAGGAAGUCAAAAAGUGCUGAGUCUGACAACACCACCGGCAGCAAUGAUGAGGAUGAUAUCGGAAACACUGGUUUGAAUGCAAGAGAUGGAAGUGACCAUGGAAGUGGCACUCAGAGCUCUUGGACAAAAAGGCCCAUAGAAGUUGACAGCCCAAAACCAAUGUCACCAUGGGAGCAGGUAGCUGCCCCUGCUGAUAGCAGUUGUGCCCAAGUUGUACAUUCAACGUCUGAAGCAUUUGGCAAUAACUGGGAGCCUGUGACCAUGCUGGAGUGUGAGGGGCAGGAUGAUGAUCACGGCAAUGUCGUGGGCAAGGACCUGGAGAUUGGAGUACCUAGAGUUCCAAAUUUGCAGCCUGAACAUCCAAGUGAAAAAGUAGUGGCUUUCGCAGCAGGCAAUAAUGGAGAGAAACUUCCUGAAAUAAACUCAAAGAACAAUGUUGAGCAAAUAGAGAAAGCACAACUAGAGUUUAUCAACAGUGACAAACCCAAGGGGGAAUCGAGAAACCAAGCAGCUGAUGGUAUGGGUGUAAUCAACAACAGUACUGAUCCUCAGAUAGGAAGUACAGUACUUGACAUCCCAAACAGUCCCUCCAAGGUAUCGAAUCAUAAACAUAAGGUUGUCAAUGAAACUAAGGUGAUCCCAUCUCUUGAGCUUAGGUUGAAGGGGCUUCGAGAUUUUGGAGAUACCGGGACCAUUGCUUAUGACCGAAAUGUUCUUAGACAUUCAGACCUCUCAGCAUUCUCAAGGUAUAAUGCUGUUUCAACCGCUAAUCAGGCUCCAACAGGGAAUGUGGGCAGCUGUUCUCUACUUGAUAAUAGUUCAGAGGCAGUAAAAACAGGCUCUCUGCAAAAUUUUCUUUCGAACUCAAUUAGUACCCCUCCCAUUCAGCAUUCCAAUGGCAGUAAUAACAACAAUGACGUGGGUUCCAUUACUAAUAAUUCAUUCACCAAACCAGCAGUAUGCAGUGAGAAGCCUAAACGCAAAUCUACUGUUAAAGAUCCACAUCCCUCAUCUACUUUCCAGGCAGUGCAGAAUGGCCAUAUGCUUGUCCCUCAACCUACAAUGCAACGUAAGGAUGAUGAUGCAAAAACUAUUUUAACCCAAGGAAGAGACACAAAACACCAGGUUCAAUUGGAACACCACCAUCACCGUUACCAUUACCAUCAUCACCACCACCAUGUUCAUAACAUGCCCCAGCAACAGCAGCAGCUUACCAACCAUGAUGAUUCAUUAUUGAAAACUAUGUCAGCUGCAGCUCCCCAGUGUGGUUCGUCUAACAUGUUGAGCAGAGCAAUAGAUGGCAAUGUUGGUAAUUAUAGUUUGAAUGGGAGUGCAUCAGGAAGUGAACAUGGAAGCAGUGGACUGAAUGGAAGCAGUAUCGCUCUAAAUCCCACGGAAGCAAACAUUGAGAGAAAUAAUGGAGUAGCUGGAAAACUCAGAGCAGGAUGUGGAAUUAGGAGCAUAAUUACUAUUGAUCAAAACCGUUCUGCACAAAGAGAGGCUGCUUUGAACAAAUUUCGCCAGAAGAGGAAAGAGAGAUGCUUUGAUAAGAAGGUUCGAUAUCAAAGUAGGAAGAAACUGGCAGAACAAAGACCACGCAUUCGAGGACAAUUUGUACGACAAGCAGCAAAUGGAAUUAAAGAUAAGGAUGCAUUUAGCUAACCAGACCCUAUCCCCUAUUGUGCUGUGGAAUCAUGUGCAUGAGAUUGUUAAUAGCUGUACAUGGGAGUAGCAUUUAGAUUCCAUUGGGGCAAUAUUUGGGUGUUAGGCGGUAAAAGUUACAGCUCUCUCACUAUCAAGACUAUACAAAUGACAAAUCAUAGAAGAACAUCUCGAACUAUUGUUAUGGAAAUCAUAGAGGAACAUCUUGAACUAUUAUUAUGGACUAAUGUGGUUCCUAUUGUUAUGUACUAUUACGACCAGAAGGUAAUCCUUGAAAGGUUAGCCUUCUCUAAUAAAGAAACUAGACAUGGUGCAAUGUAGUUUUAUAAGACUGUUCAUGAACCCAGUUCCAUAGAGGGGUGUUUGAAAGACUUUUUCACCAA